AUGGGACUCCUGAAUCGAUCCGUUCUUAUUAUUGCUUUGCCACUUCUUAUUGCAUUCGGAACCAGAGUUGCCCUGAAUGAAGAGCGCGAUGUCUUUUGGGAUUGCUUGGAACAGAAAUACAGCACAGAAAUCCUCUCCCUCGACCCCCUCAUUGUCUAUAUCGAGAACUUCGUCAGCGAUGCUGAGAUUGACUAUGUCAUGAAACUUGGGGAUCCUUUGUUCCAAGACUCUCAGCUCUUCGAUGAUGAGCAGGUCCGAACUGUUGACAGACCGUAUCGAUCCUCAUCGACUGCCUUCCUGCCCUACUCGGACUCGCUUUGCCAGUGUAUUGGUCAGCGCGCAUUGAAGUUCUUAGGGUUCGUCGAGCACGAUGCCCAUGAGAGAUUACAACUUGUUCGCUACUACCCCGGUCAGGAAUACAAUCUUCAUAGUGACUGGUUGGCCAAGCCAAAGAUCAGCCGCUCUGCCCAAGAUGAGGGAAGAGAAUACAAUCGACUCGGGAGCUUUUUCACCUAUCUUGGAGGUAAUGCGACAGGUGGCGAGACAUAUUUCCCUUUCGUCAGUGGCGCCAGUCUUGAAUCUGACGGAAAGAAAUACGCUAUCCCCAGCAAUGGCCAGGGUUUGGUUGUGAAGCCUGUCAAAGGCAGUGCUUUAUUCUGGAUUAACCUCCACCCGUCUAAUGGAACAGGUGAUCAGCGGACGUUUCAUGCCGGGCUUCCUGUACUCUCUGGAGUAAAGUAUGGUAUGAAUGUAUGGACAAAGCACUACAAAUCUUCCCCAAUAAUUGGACCAUAUGAGUCUCGCGAAGACCUUCAUGAGGGUUCGUACGAUGAUUAA